AGAGCCCCUACUGCUUGGCUUCCAACGUUCAAAACCGCCCCGGCAUAGUCUCUCUCUCCGCCCCGCCGCGCCGCCAUUAGCACGCCUCUUUGCCCACCGCCGUCCGCCGUCCGCCGUCCGCCGCCGCCGGCUACAAGAAAGAAGAUUGGGUGAUUUGGCAUGGGGGGGAGCUCCAACACCAACACCAACACCAGAAGCGGCGGUGGCAAGGACAAGCACGACGAGACAUCGCCGUCCUUCAAGGAGGGCGAGAGAGUGCUCGCCUACCACGGCCCCCUCCUCUACGAGGCCAAGAUUUUGUCUUCUGGAUUUCUCAAGGUUCAAAAGUCCGAAAACAAGGAGGAUGAGUGGCGGUAUCACGUGCAUUAUCUUGGUUGGAGUAAGAGCUGGGAUGAAUGGGUCACAAAUGAUCGCUUACUGAAAUUGACCGACGAAAAUAUCCGCAAACAACAAGAGCUUGAAAAGAGCCAAGCAGUUGACAAAAGUGUAAAAUCUGGACGGUCAGCGCAGCAUAAGCCAAAAGGUUCUAAUGCAGAUGCAAAAACUGAUAAAGAGGACACCAAGAUUAUUGUCAAGGGGAAGAAACGCAAAAGUCAGCCUGGUGGGACUGAGGAGAAAGAAAGAAAAUCAUCUGAGAGUCUCUUCAUGUCACAUUUUCCUUCAACACUAAAAAAACAACUUGUUGAUGAUUGGGAGUUUGUCACGCAGCUGGGUAAGCUUGUGAAGCUACCUCGAUCCCCCACUGUCGAUGAUAUUCUAAAGAAGUACUUGGAGCACCGAACAAAGAAGGAUAACAACAGGACGUUGGCGAGCAGCGAGGGAGCAACAACAACGAUAAAUGACUCUUAUGCUGAGAUUUUGAAAGGAUUGCGAUGCUACUUUGAUAAAGCAUUGCCUGCAAUGCUUUUAUAUAAGAAAGAACAACAGCAGUACACUGAAGAGGUUAAAGGUGAUGUUUCGCCCUCAAUUAUAUAUGGAGCCGAGCAUCUACUGCGCCUUUUUGUGAAAUUGCCGGAGCUACUUGCGUCUGUUAACAUGGAAGAAGAUGCACUCAACAAACUACAGCAGAAAUUGCUGGACAUUCUCAAGUUUCUGCAGAAGAACCAGAGUUCGUUCUUCCUUUCUGCGUAUGAUGGUGGUUCUAAAGGUACUGAUGGGAUAAAGACCAAAUAGAAGCAAACUGUUGCAUCUGUAUGUUGACUGUACUUAACUGUCUCGCUGUGUUAUUUUAAAUUUUUAUUUGAUUGCACAAUGGUCAAUGAACAUCACAACACUGUUUGCUAAUUCAUGUAGUGCUGCAGAAGGUUUCCUAAAAUAUGGUACUCUCAUUGCAUUUG